AACCAUAAAACUUUUGAUCAUAUCAAAGCCAAAAGGGGGGAAAAAAAAAACACUCUCUUCCAAAAAGUUUCACAAAGAAAAGAAAAGAAAAUUAUACAAAGCAAAAUUGCCAAGAAUGAAUCUCCAGAUAUAGCGCUGAAAGGAAACAAACCCAGUCUGAGUUCUUUGUUUAAAGAUUUAUAUACAUAUUUUGAGCUGGUUAGCAGGUGAAGCAGAGAAAAUGAAAAAGGAAAUGGGGAGUACAAAACAUUCAAGCUCAGAGGGAAGCAGUAUCAAAGGAGUGCCGACACAUGGAGGAAAAUAUGUUCAUUACAACGUGUAUGGUAACUUGUUUGAGGUGUCCAGUAAGUACGUACCUCCUAUUCGUCCUAUCGGUCGUGGUGCUAAUGGCAUUGUUUGUGCUGCUGUCAAUUCAGAGACGCGUCAGGAGGUUGCUAUUAAGAAGAUCGGUAAUGCAUUUGAUAACAUCAUAGAUGCCAGAAGGACACUGAGGGAAAUCAAGCUUCUUCGUCACAUGGACCAUGAAAAUGUGAUUGCCAUCAAGGACAUCAUUCGACCACCGAAGAAGGAGACCUUCAACGAUGUUUACAUCGUUUAUGAAUUGAUGGACACCGAUCUUCAUCACAUAAUCCGCUCCGACCAGCCAUUGACAGAUGAUCAUUGUCAGUACUUUCUGUAUCAGUUGUUACGAGGACUGAAGUACGUGCAUUCUGCCAAUGUUUUGCACCGUGACCUUAAGCCAAGCAGUCUGCUUUUGAAUGCAAAGUGCGACCUUAAGAUCGGGGACUUUGGAUUGGCUAGGACCACCUCCGAAACAGAUUUCAUGACCGAGUACGUCGUCACUCGUUGGUACCGAGCACCAGAGCUGCUUCUCAACUGUUCCGAAUACACUGCUGCCAUCGAUAUGUGGUCUGUCGGCUGCAUAUUCGGAGAAAUUAUGACGAGAGAGCCUCUGUUUCCAGGCAAAGAUUACGUUCAUCAGCUGAGACUCAUCACUGAGCUGAUAGGUUCACCUGAUGACGCUAGCCUCGGAUUUCUCCGAAGCAACAAUGCCCGAAGGUAUUUCAGACAACUUCCACAGUGUAGGAAGCAACAAUUUUCAGCUAGGUUUCCAAACAUGUCUCCUGGUGCUGUUGAUCUGCUAGAGAAAAUGCUUGUCUUUGACCCCAACAAACGAAUCACAGCUGAAGAGGCUCUUUGUCACCCGUACUUGGCAUCUCUUCACGACAUCAACGACGAGCCUGUCUGUCCCAGACCAUUCAGUUUCGAUUUCGAGCAAUCAUCGUGCACCGAGGAUCACAUCAAGGAGCUUAUAUGGAGGGAAUCCUUGCAAUUCAAUCCAGAUCCAGUCCAUUAAGAGAAUCUGUCCUAGAUAUUUUAUGUAAAAUAUAUAGUGGGAAUCAUGGUUUGUUUCCCCCGAAUUCCCUAUAUAUAUAUAUAUAUAUAUAUGUGAUGUUGUUCUUCACCAUUCAAUGAAGUUGAUAUAUAGAAACUAGGAACAUCAUUCAACUUUGCUUCAUUGUCAUAUGAACCUUAACUAAUCUACAAGGAGAUUAAAUAUUA